GCGGCGUUUCGGGGGCUUUUAGCUCCGUUGCCAUGGCGCUGCGCAGCGCCUCGGCGCGCCUGGCGCAGCUCCUGGCGCACGGGCCGAAGCCGCGCGGCCGCGAGCCGCGGGAGGUAAAGGCCUGGAGAGCUUCUGGCGGGAGGUGAAAGACCGGCAGGCCAAGCACUUCCAGGCAGCCAAAGAGGCUCAGGCACGCCGUGCUCGUGCCAAGGGCCUCCAAGCCCGCGUCAAGGAGCCUCGCGAAGAGAAUGAAGGCGAGAACGAGGGCAGCGCGCUGCUGCCGAAUGCUCCCGAAAGAGGCGACGAGCCGCCCAUCCGCGAGAUCGAGGCGCCCAAGACCAUGCAUGGUCUGGAUGCGCCAGGUAUCCCCAGCUCCUCCGUGGUCCUGGCGGAGCGGCUUCUCUCAGCCAAGAGCCCCGGGGAGGUGCUGUCCCUGGCAAAGCGGGCCUAUGAGGCUUUGCAGACAGAGGUGAACCCGCAGCAAAGGAUGCGGCGGCUGGCGCAGCUGGCGCUGGCGCUUCAGCUUCUGGCGCGCCAGGCGCAAGGUGCCCAGAAGGCGCCCAUCCUGAAGGAUCACCGACUGCCACGGCUGAUCCAGGCGCUUCAACACAACGUGGAAGGAUUGGAUGACUGGAUCCUGGCCGCAGGCUUCUGUGGCCUCGCGCGCCUGGGCACUCUCAGCCUCAGAGCCGCACAGAACGCCGCGCCAGCCUCAGAGGCGCUGCUGCAGAAAUGCAGCGAGCGCCUCGCGGACUUCGACACCGCGCAGGCCGGCCUGGUCUUGGCCAGCUUGGCACACGCGCCGGAGCUGCUGGGCUCCAAACCUGGCGCAGCCCUCCGCUCCAAGCUGGUCUCUAUGCUGGAGCUGCAGAGUCAGGAGCUGCCGCCGGAGGCCUGUGCCCUCCUGGCCCCGGCGGCCCUCAAGCUGCGCGCCCAGAGCCUCGGCUUCGGCCUCGCCAAGCGCCUCAGCGCGUCGCAGGCGCUCGAAGGCCUAGGCUCGGAGGCUCUGGCGCGGGCGGCGCAGAGUUUGGCGGCGCUGCGCUGCGCCACGCCGCGGCUCAUGGAGCUCACGGAGAAGACCAUGCAGCAGCAGAUCCACCUCUGCACUCCCCGGGCGGUUGUGAACUUUGCGGCUGCACUGAGUGAGGGCCGCGGGGACAGUGAUGCAUUCAAAGACUUCCUGAUGCCCGCGGCGAGGUCCUUUUUGCUGGACUUCAACCCCCGAGACCUUUGCACGCUCGCCGAGUCUUUCGUCAAGGCCACCUGUGCUGAGCCGGAUUUCUUGGCAGACCUGGCGGAUAGCCUGCAGCCCAAGGUUCACCAAAUGGGUUGCCACGAGGUGUCAGUGGCGUUCCAAGUCUUCGCUCCCGUCUCCUACGCCGUGCCGCUGCUGCCGGCGGUGGCAGCGCGUGCCAAGGAUCUGGUGCCGGAGCUCUCGCCCAAACAGCUGGCGCACCUCUUGCGGGGCCUCCGGGAAGUCGACUCCAAGGACCCGGAGCUCUUGAGCGCGCUGAAGGCCCGCGCCGGCCAGCUGUCCCACGCCUUCUUCGGCACCCACGCGGUGAGCGUUCUGGUGGCCUUUGCAGAUGCCGAGCAGGUGGAUGCACCCCUAGUCCAGAGCCUUUCCGAGACCAUUCUGCGGCACUUGGAUCGGCUCUCCGCUGAGGACUACAUCGUGACGCUCACCACUGUGUCGCAAAUGCCUCCUGAGAUGCGGGCAGUGCUGCCCACGGCACUGGUGGAGGAAUUGCUGCAGGCCCUCCAGCAGCGGGGCUAUGGGCCCUGGCGACUCGAGAUGGAGACGGUGGUUCACUUGCUGGAAGCCCUGCGGAACCUCCGGAUCGAGGACGAGGCCCUCCUGGAGUUGGUGUGCGAUCGACUGCCUUCAUCACUGCAGUCAGAGACAAGCCUCGCUUUGCUGGUGCGGCUCCUGAAUUGCCUCGGCGAGCUGCCAAAGAGGAGCCGCGUGCAGGUGGCAGCGCACCUCCAGCGACGGAAGAAGCUGCACCGGGCUUUCAAGAAGUGCUUCUCCCAGCACGUGCAGAAGAACCUGGACCUCGAGGCCAGCGUUACAGUCGCCAAAGCCCUGGCCCAGUUCGGGUUCGAGGAUCCGGCGACGCAGGAGUUCCUGGACAGGCUUACGGCCAGCACAGAUCUUCCGCGCCUGAGCGCUCACUCCGCCAGCGACUUGUGCUGGAGCCUGGCGCAGUUCACCUGGCAGAUCGAGUGGAACCGACGCUUCGCGUGGAGCUUGCUGCACAGGCUCUAUGACAUGCCGGUGCCAGAGGCCUUGCAGGACGACUUGCUGGACUUUCCUGCCUUCACUGCGCGCCCGGACGCAGGAUCUUUGCUGCGCCUGGCUUGGGGAUUGAGCGUCCUCAACGAGGCAGUGCCCGCUCCGCUGCUGGCGGAGCUGCAUGUGGAGUUGCGGGGGGAGCUGCCCAAAGAUUGGUGCGGCUUCGGGCUGCGGAUGCUGCAGGAGGUGGCGUUACAUCGACGCUUGGGCGGUCAGGCGGAAGGGAUUGGGUUUCGAUGUGCCGGUGACCCCAAAGGCCCCGGAAG